AUGGCUCUCUGGCUGAAUGAUUGUCUGCUUCUCUCAAAUUUUUCCUUCCUCAUUCUCUUUUUUUUUCUCAUUUCUUUGUCUGGAUUUUUAUACGCUCCUCUGACUCUUUUCUUUUCAUUCUUUCAUUACUCACACAUCACACACUUACUCUCUAUUUCUUUUUUUCUUUCUUUCUUUCUUUCUUUAUCAAUCUCUCUCUUUCACCCUCUCUAUCACUCGCACUCUCUCUCAUUCUCUCUUUCUUUCGCUAUCUUUUCGAGAAACUUAAGAUGCCUAUGGGAGAUUUCUUUUAAUAUCAUUCUCUGUCUAUUUCCUUUUUCAUUACUCACACAUCCCUAUCUCUUUCUUUCUUUCUUUCUUUCUUUCUUUCUCAAUCUCCCUCUCUUUGGUUCGAUCUCUCUAUCUCUCACACUCUCUCUAAAUGCUACUCAAAGGUUCGAGAAACUUAAGAUGCCUAUGGGAGAUUUUUUUAUAUCACCCUUUAUAUCGUUCUUUCAUUACUCACUGGUCACCAUCUCUUUCUCUCUCACCCUCCCACAAUCUCUCUUUGUCUCGCUCUCUUGCUCACUCCCUCUCUUUCUCGCUUUCGCUAUCUCACUCUCGAUGUCUUUCUCUCUCUCUUUCUCUCUCUCUCUCUCUCCUUAUCUUUAUCUCUCUCUCGCUCUCUCUCAUAUAGCUAGUGCUACUGAAAGGUCUGAGGAACUUAAAAUGCCUAUCGGAUUUUUUUAUAUCAUCCUCUGUCUUUUUUCUUCUCAUUCUCUCAUUACUCACCCAUUACUAUCUCUCUUAAUCUCUUUCUCUCGCUUUUACUCUCACUAUCUCCCUCUCUCUUUCUCUCGCUAUCUCUCUGUCAAUGUCCCUCCGUCUCCCUCUUUUGCUCUCUCUUAUAUGCCAAGUGCAACCCAAGGUUAA